AUGGCUGAUCUACCCAGUGAAUACAAGGACCACGUCCGUAUCGCCGUCAUCGGUGGCACCGGUCUCCAAGACCUCCCAGGCUUCACAAAGGUUGCAUCUCUCGAAAUUGAAACACCCUGGGGAAAGCCUUCCUCGCCGGUUACGAUCCUCCACCACCAGUGCAGCGUCUCCGGCAAAGAUGUCCCCGUCGCCUUCCUCAGCCGGCACGGCACACACCACCAGAUUGCGCCUCACGAGGUGCCGAACCGAGCCAAUAUUGCUGCUUUGAGAAGCAUCGGUGUCCGGACGGUCAUUGCCUUUUCGGCCGUGGGCAGUCUGCAGGAACCCAUCAAGCCGCGAGACUUUGUCGUGCCAGAUCAGAUCAUUGACCGGACAAAGGGCAUUCGGCCGUUUACCUUCUUUGAGUCAGGCGUAGUGGCUCAUGUUCCAUUUGGCGACCCCUUUGAUGAGAAUGUGGCCAAGGUGGUGCGGGCAUGCGGACACAGUCUGGAGGGCGAUGGCGUUACACUGCAUGACCGGGGGACCUUGAUCUGCAUGGAGGGCCCUCAAUUCUCCACCCGUGCCGAGAGCAACAUGUACCGCUCCUUCGGCGGCUCUGUCAUCAACAUGUCUGCGCUCCCCGAAGCCAAACUAGCGCGCGAAGCCGAAUUGGCGUACCAGAUGAUCUGCAUGUCGACCGACUACGACUGCUGGCACGAGGCCACCGCGGAUGUGACGGUGGAAAUGGUCAUGGGCAAUAUGAAGGCCAAUGCGGUCAAUGCCCGGCGGUUUGUGGGCGCGGUUCUCGAUGCCUUGGCUCUUGAUGCGCAUGCGGACACGGUCAAUGCGAAGCAUUUGGCAGGUGGUGUCAAGUUUGGUGUUAGCACACCUCAGAGCGCAUGGGGUGAGGAUGCGAAGAAGAGGAUGCAGUGGUUAUUCCCGGGGUAUUUUGACUAG